AUCACUCUGGUUGUAAUUCCGAUAGUGUCCACAAGAUGGGCAAAUCAUGAUGGAGACAUUCACAUUCAUAUAACAUUUUUCUGCAAGAAUAUCGUCAAAUCUGUAUACUUGGACUUUGAUUUAGCUUUCCAAGUAUUAGUAGCCAUAUUAUAAGUUCAACAUUUGCAAAACAACCAGUUUUCAGAACUUUAUAACUGAGUAUAUUUAUAAUUUUUGUCCAAAAUGAAAAGGCAUGCUGUCGUACAAGGUUAGUAGCUACAUUUUACGACAUAUACAUGGUUUCCGGAUACUCCCGUAAAGCCCAGCUCAUUGGCUAUCCAGCUAGCUCUGUUUUACCCCAAUUGGUGCUUGUAGGGGGUGCGUACUGGCGGCAAAGAAGUCAGGCGCAGGAGAGCAAAAACUGAUUUACAACGGCGCAGUUUAAUAAACAAAACCACCGUAAACAGAACAAUAAAUAAAUGGGUAAACAAAACCCGUUACACACCAGCAUAACGUGCACAAGCACUACAAUAAACAAUUCCGGACAAGGACAUGGGGGGAACAGAGGGUUAAAUACACAACAUGUAAUGAUGGAAGUUAAACCAGGUGUGUGGGAAGACAAAACAAAUGGAAAAUUAAAGGUGGAUCGGCGAUGGCUAGAAGACCGGUGACGUCUACCGCCGAACGCCGCCCGAACAAGGAGAGGGACCGACUUUGGCAGAAGUCGUGACAGUGCUGUUUUGACAAAGAUACAGUCAUUCAGGUGUUGAGCGCCCGCGUCAUCGCCGUGCCAUGAAGGCAUUUCUCUUUGACCAAAUAUGGUGUCCUAUAGGAUAUACUACACCCUUAAUGAUAUGGUGAAGUCUUGUUACCUUCUAGGAUCUCUGAGGAAUCCACACGAACGUCAUUUGACUCGUUGAAACAACGUUUAUUCCUGUUAGCUUAACACCAUGACUAUCGGGAUUUUUGGCACGUGGGACCAUCAGUUCAAUGCCACUGAGCAAGCACUCACAGAUAAGAUCAAGAACAACCCUUGCUAUCCAUUCGCUAUAGUGAAGGACGUGUUUGUUCUUGAAUACCUGCAUGAAAACAUCUGGAAAGGUUCACUGCUACUGAUCGCUUCCACCAUUGGAACUGCCUGUUACAUGAACAUGGAGUUUGGGGACCAUCACAAGUAUACUGGGUUCCUGGUGUUCAGCAUGUGUCUCUCUCUGUGGCUGGUCUGUUCCGGGGCCUUCCGCCGGCGCCUGGUGAUCGAUCACAAGAAGAAGGAGUACCGCUACUACAUCCACACACACCUACGCCACAGGGGCCCCUUGCACCAGAUCUACAUACGCAUGAUAGCGCAGAAGAGUGGACAGGUACUGCUGAUGUACAAGCUGAUGCUGAAUGGAUACAAGAUUGAAGAGAGGGAACUCAGUGGCUUCUCAGAGAAAUAUGAGCUGUUGGAGUGCCAGGGCAAGAGGAUAGCGACGAAACUCAACCUCAAUUACUUUGACUACCAGGACACUUCUAAACGCCACCUUGUCAUCCACAGGCCCACAAUCAUUCUGUCUGCUAACAAUGAUCGCAACAAUCCACCUGUCUGAGGAUGAGGAAGUUCCUCUGUGAUCAAUCACGUGGUGCUGUCAGUGUCCCUGCCAUGUAGCCUUUACCCUAUCCUUAUUCCAUAAACAGACCAAAUUUUAAAUAUUGUGUUUCUAACUGUAAUCAAAUGUCUCUGUGUCUUUUUCAUGAUAGUUUUCUGAAAUAUCUCUUGAAAUCAUUGAUUUGGUCUUCAUCCUGUAACACCAACACAGUUCUUGAGAAUGUAAGAAUGAAACACUAACAAUGUUUUACUAGCCAGAUCCCGCCUUCCUUCUAGAAUGACCCAAUGAAAAUACAGAAAUAGACAUUCACAUAAAUUUAACAGGGCCAGUGUGUUUAUCGCAGCGCAGCGGUCUAAGGCACUGCAUCUCAGUGCUUGGGGCGUCACUACAGACACCCUGGUUCGAAUCCAGGCUGUAUCACACCUGGCCGUGAUUGGAGUCCCAGCGGCGCACAAUUGGCACAGCUUUGGCCGGGGUAGGCCAUCAUUGUAAAUACGAAUUUGUUCUAAACUGACUUUCCUAGUUAAAUGAAGGUUAAACAAAAAAUGUUUUAAAAAAAUUCAGGGUUGCCAUGUUCAUGAUAUUCUAGCCAAUUGGGCUACUUUGAAAACGAUGUCGCUGGUGAAAAUCUAGUGAUCGUAGGGGGCGGGUUUUUGGAAUAAUUCUAAAUUGCACUGCGGCUGCCAUGGCAUUUAUCUUUAAAAAUAUUAAUACAGUAUAUUUCAUUGUGACCUGCUGCUGCUGACUAUCAGGCAGUGACUAGGCUGUUACAGGGGGAGUGGAGGGG